GAAAACCUGCAGGAAUCCAGCCUUUUCCCCUCCUUAGUUUGAGCUGUGGAUCCUCCUGUCCAGUAGGUGGCGGUACUGCGUCAUCAUGCUGGAUGCUAACCAACAAUAAACACCAGCAGGGAAGGCGAAGUUCUGAGGCGACAUCAUGGCAGCAUCCGCAGACCCACUUGCAGAUGAGAUGCCCGAGCUUUCUGACGGGGAGGAGGAGGACUGUGAGGAUGAAGAGCAGUGGCAGUGGAUGGAGGAGGACGCUCAGACUGUUACCUGUCUGUUCUGUGACAGGCAGCUGAGUUCAGUUCCUGCCGUCCUGCAGCACUGCUCAGACGAGCACAGGCUCCGCCUUACGGACAUAGUGAGGAAGCAUGGUUUAGAUGACUAUGGGUACAUAAAAAUGAUCAACUUCAUCCGCUCAACUAAAUGCGCGCCAUCAAGCCUGAGCGAGCUGUCAGACGGUCUCUUACCCUGGGAGAGUGAGGACUUCCUCAGACCUGUGCUUCAGGAUGACCUGAUGCUUCAAACAGACCCAGAGGAGCUCCUCAGUGGCGAGGCGCCCUCCGCAUGUCCCUCCUCCAACACUGAAGCUUACAAUGUGCUGCUGCUCAGAGCCCAGGCGGCUGAGGAGAGAGCCCACUCUUCUGAGGAUGCUCUUGCCAGAGCCAUGGAGGAUCUGCACAAACUCAAGAUUCUCUCUCAGGAUCUGGUGCUCAACGCAGACACCGGUAAACCUGGUAACCUGUGCGCGGUGGCUGAACUCCGCGAGGACGAGGAUGAGGCGUACUUUAGCUCCUACGGUCAUUACAGCAUCCACGAGGAGAUGCUGAAGGACAAAGUGCGCACAGAGAGUUACCGGGACUUCAUGUACAGCAACCCCGAUGUGUUCAGGGACAAGGUGGUGCUGGAUGUGGGCUGUGGGACUGGCAUAUUGUCCAUGUUUGCUGCCAGUGCUGGGGCCAAACAAGUCAUUGCAGUCGACCAAUCAGACAUCGUCUAUCAGGCAAUGGAUAUAAUACGGUCCAACCAGCUGGAGGACAAGAUCACUCUGAUCAAAGGCCGCAUCGAAGACAUCAAGCUGCCUGUGGAGAAAGUUGACAUCAUCAUUUCAGAAUGGAUGGGUUACUUCCUCCUGUUUGAAUCCAUGCUGGACUCUGUUGUGUAUGCCAGGGACCUCUACCUGUCCGAUGGUGGUUCAGUUUACCCAGAUCUUUGUAACAUCAGCCUGGCUGCUGUGGGAGACCAACAGAAACACUCCGACCACGUUGCAUUCUGGGAUAACGUUCAUGGCUUCAAGAUGUCGUGCAUGAAGAAGGCAGUGUUACAAGAGGCUUUGGUGGAAGCGGUGAAGGCGGACACACUUAUCUCUGAACCAACAGUCAUACAGACCAUUGACUGUAACAGAGUGUGCCUGUCAGAGCUGGAGUUUACCACAGAUUUCUGCCUGAAGAUGACCAAAACCACAAUCUGCACAGCAAUUGUCGGCUACUUUGACAUUUUCUUUGACAAAGGCUGCAACAACAAGGUGAUGUUCUCUACAGGACCUCAGGUCACCAAGACUCACUGGAAGCAGACGGUCUUCCUUCUGGAGAGGCCAACAUCUGUUCAAGCAGGGGAGGAACUCCAAGGAAAGAUCUUCGUACGUAAAAAUAAGAAAGACCCCCGUGCAUUGUGGGUCACCAUUGACCUCCAAGACAGGAAGCAGACUUACAGCCUGCAGUGAUGACGACGGUCCACAAAAGGAAACACUUUUUAUUAUCAACCGUUUCUGUGUAACGUAGAAGUAAACCAAUGAACUUUUUUAUUGAAAUAAAAAUAGUUAAAAGAAAA